AUGGAAACCCUAAAAUUAUUUCUGGUCUGUAUCUGGUUGCUCAAAAUCAUAUCAGGGGCAAGAUCGGAACCCCAAUCACCUGAUCAACUCUGCUGGGGAAGAGUAAGUGUAAUCAAGCUCAAUUUCUACAGCCAUGACAUAUUCAGAGGGAAUAAUCAGACAGUUUAUAGCGUCGCAAGGUCAAUCGCAACAGAUCAGGUGCCGUCCAAAUUCGGGGUUGUGUACGUAGGUGAUGUUCUAAUGACAUCUGGACCUGAAAUCGAGUCAGGCAAAUUGGGCAGAAUCCAAGGGCAUGCUGCAUUUUCCGACUUUGAGGAGACGGCGUGGACUAUGACCUUCAACGUGCUUUUUACACACGGGGAAUACAAAGGGAGCUCGCUCACCAUUGUCGGAAGGAAUCCGAUUAAUGAAGAAUUAAGACAGCUCUCCAUUGUUGGAGGCACCGGCGCCUUCCAGUUGGUGUGGGGCUACAUCUUAGUUAAGACUUAUUAUGUCGUCGACCCUGGGGCUUAUAGUGUUACCAAAUAUGAGGCAGUUGUGUAUAAUGCUACGUUCACGGAUUAG